GACGCUCGGCGCUGCGCGGCGUACGCACACCCGGCGGUGCCCAGUAGGUGGCGCUCCCCUUUGACUACGCUUCCCCCACCCUCGAGCGGGAGAAGGAUCUCGCCGCAACUUCCGCCACCGCCACUCGCCGCCCGAGCCCCUUCCUACGCGGGCCUUCUACCCCUUCACGCUCCUUCUCUAUAGCCGGCCACGCCGCGCAGCCAAUCGGAGCACUCCGGGGGCGGUCUCUCAGCCGCGCUCCUCUCAGCCCCGGCGUCACUUGGGCGCCUGCGGUGCGAAGGAAGCGGCAGGCGAAGCGGCGAGGAAGGAGACGCGACCAGGAGGCCGCCGACGUUCCCAGCAGCCCGGUCGCACCGCCGAGGGCUGUCGCCGCCAUGGAUUACGGGGAAGGUGAGGCGCUCCGGAGAGGCCGCGACGAGGCUGCCGCCUCCGCCGGGCUGGGCGCUGCGGACUCAAGAUGGCGGCGGGGUCUGCGGCGGAGGCGGGAAACGGGCCUGGCUGGGCGCGCCAUGUUGGUGGGGGAGGGGAGGGGAAAAGAGCCCCAGAGCCUCGCCCGGGUCUGUGCGAGGGGAGUCAAUUUCGCCUGCUUUUUAUUUUUUUGCUCUUCCCACCCCCCUUUUAAAUUAAUAAAUAGUAAUAGUAAAUUAGUAAUAAUUUAAUAAAUAAAUAGUAAGGCUCCACCAGUUAAUUUCGCCUCCUUUUUAUUUUUUUUGCUCUUCCCGCCCCCCUUUUAAAUUAAUAAAUUUCAUUUAUUGAAUGUUUUCAGACAAAUGAAGACGUUCGCAGGGUUAUCGGGGGGGGGAAGCUUGCAUUUCCUAAAACAUCUGAUAUAGUUGAGGGAAAGAAUAAAUGGAGUUAAUUGGGAUACGCAGGAGGGAAAAAAAGAAGAUGGGAGAGAGGAGGGGAUUCCUGGAACCGCUGAAAGGGGGGGGGCGGAACUCGAGGUUUGAUAGGCGAGAAUUGUUGAAUUGUUUGCAUUUCGUCGUCGUCGAGAUGUUUGUUUGUUAUAAAUGAAAAUCGUGAAUACGCUUACACACACAAACACACACCCCCCAGUACGAUAUCCAUCAUUAUCUCCUAGCCUGGCCCUUGCGAGGGCGCGCGGGUAGGUAGGGUGGGGCUCCUGCAACAGCCACAGCCGCACGUGGAGAAAGCUUUUUCCUAGGUUCACCCCACCCAUCCCCCAACCCAGCGGCGAGACUCGGCUUUAUUUCACCCGGGUCAAAGACCCAGUUUGGCACCCACCCACACCGUGGGCAUUUGUGCACACAGGUUGCAAGCCUCACUGGUGCCCCUUUAGAGGCUGUGCCUGGGGAAAAUAAAACCUGGCUAGCCCCCACCCCCCCGCUACGCCACUGCUCAAUGUAUUAUUAUUAUAUAUUAAACUUCUAUACCACCCUAUACACACAGGUCUCAGGGCUGUUCAUAGGAUAAAAUCGCAAUAUAAAAACCCAAGAUACAUAAUCAAAAUACAAACAAGAACAGCCCAAUAACCCCCCAAAUAAUCAGUGACGGAAAAUAGAAUUUAAAACACACAAUAUUUGUAAUAAAACAUAUAAAAGUAAGCACCCAUCAGGUAUUGUCAAAAGGUAGGUUGAAAGAUCAAUUAACUGUCUUUCGAAUCAAAACAUUUUAGCCAAUGGGUUUCCCCCCAAUUGUAAUCCUUCAUAGAAGCUCUCUGAUCCAGUCCAUGAAGGGGCACUGGGAAGCAUUUUCUAUUAUUCCCCCUUCAUUCUACAGCCGUUGCCCCCAUCCCCAAAUCUGAUCCGAGAGUUGGGGAAACCUUUGGGACAGCAUUUGGUGGGAGUAUCUUUUUAGGCCGCAUCCAAAACACUAAAUUAUCUGGGUAGUUCAUAAGUUUGAAUUUAGAAAAUGAAGGAUAUUUCCAUUGAAACUCUGUUAUAGCUGUAAUACUUCUUCCUUGGAAUGAAGAGCUUUUAAUAGUUGUUGCUUUUACGUUGACAACUUAUUCUUAACAAUGAUUGGAAAGCCUACCAGAUCUUUUGCCAUAAGUUGCAUUACUGCUAUUCUUAUAUUUUCUGCAAGAGCGGGACAGGAAAAAUGCAAGUAGACAAUUCACAAAAGCAAUUCACAUGCCUUCUGCUUCUCAGAUGUUACAUCUGGGACCCAGUGUACUUUUACUGGGUUCGUAUACCUAAGUGCAGUAGGUGGCAGUCCAAAGCAGAGAAGCACAAUAAUAAAUCUGUAGUCUUAUGUUUGUAUUUUGUUCUGCUAUGUUUGGGGUGCCAGCCCUUGAUCUGUCAAAUGCUGGUAUCAGAGAGGUUGAUUGAUUGCAGUCAAGUAAUUCUACAAAGCCAAGAAUACUAUUGUGUAGGAGAAAUGGCAUCUACAAGAGCUGGUGUCUCCGUAAAGAACACAUGUUUUUCAUUUAGAAGUGGAUGACUGCUGGUGGAACCCUGAAGAAUAGGAAAGUGACUGAACUAGGCCUUGACUUGGUUUUCCCCUUCCUGUAGGGCAGGUUUUUUAAAAAUUGCGUCUUUUGCUUCUGCCAAAAGACAAUGUGGGGCGUGUGCCAGCUCUUAAAAACUUCUUCAGGCUCCCCCUCCCCUUUACAUGUUCUGGCCCAGAGGGGGCCUCAUGCGUUGGGUGAGAUCCAGCUAUCUUACACUUUGAGAAGACAUAUUAAAAUUGGUGGACUCUCCACGCUGCUCGCAAUAUAUAUGAUUUCUAUUACACGUGCAGAGGCACAGAACAUAGCCCCUGCUUAAAUUGGGAGUUGCCUAUAUAGUUAACUAUGGCUAGCAGCUUUGAAACAAGCCAGGAACCCAUGGUUUAAAGCAGGGGUCAGCAAAUGUUUUCAGCAGGGGGGUGGUCCACUCUCCCUCAGACCUUGUGGGGGGCUGGACUAUUUUGAAAAAUAGAUGCAUUUUAAAUAAAAGGACACAUUCUACUCAUGUAAAAACACGCUGAUUGCCGGACCGUCUGCUGGCCAGAUUUAGAAGGCGAUUGGGCCUGAUCCGUCCCUUGGGCCUUAGUUUGCCUACCCAUGGUUUAAAGAGUAUAUUAGUUGCACUUUAUUUAAUUAUUGUUAGGUUUAUUUCCAACCUUUUUUCCAAGGUGGCUUACACUGUUAUUGCUGAUCCACUAGGAGAGGUCACGAGUCUCAUUUUAAUAAAAUCAACUUCCUUCCUUUCUUAGAAAUGGACCGUGACUAUGGGCAUGGUGCCUAUGGUGGCCCAAGAGCCAUGGACUCUUAUAUGAACCAGUCAUAUGGAAUGGAAAGUCAUGGAGGUGGUGGAGGAGGCGGUGGUGGUGCCAGGUAAAAUACUGAAUCACUUGCCUUACGUAUUAAACGAAAGCAUAAAUAUGUUUGACAAUAUAUCCUUAUUGAAUUUAAGUGUUCCUUGAACAUGCCAUGUUGAUUCUGUGUGCAAAAAAGCACAGGAAGGUACUGUGUGGUAGAUUUUUUUAAAAAAUAUUGGGGUUGGAUUCUUUUAAUGAUGUACAGUGCUGUAACAGAUUUUAAGAUGACUGCAUGCAUUUGAUCUAGAGUCUCUGACAUCACCGUUGAAGUAGCAGUAUAGAACGUAUAGUUGAAGUAGACAAUUUUGAUUACAUUAUUUGAUUUGAUUUUAGCCUUCAAUUUUCAAGGAACAUUUAAAUUUCACUUAUUUAGCGCUAAUACAUUUUGUUAAAAUGUUCCCUUGUAGACAAAUUGUCAUGUCCAGAUUAUUUUAUUGGCAGGUACUAAUUACACUAAAAUGUGUGUUUGGCUUAUUCUACAAAUUUUUUGUGCAGUGAUCUUACCAUUUUGUUCUUAGCGCUGUAAUGGGAUUCUGAUAAGCUUUUGGAUUUGCACGGUGCCUGCAGUUCAUGUUUACUAACUUAAGGCCAUCUUUUUUAUGCAAAAUUGGUUUUCUUUUAAGAUCUGUGCAUUUUAAACAAAAUAACUGGAUGAAACAUUAAACUUUGUUGUAUUCCCAUUUUUAUAUUUUAAUUAUUGUAUGAGAAUGCAAGACUGCAGGUUGGCAACCCUGAAUCCACAAGAUCUUUUGUGACAUUGAAAAUCAGGAAACUGCACAGUUUUGUUGAAGAAUUGGUUGAUAUCCAAUACUUAUGCAUAGUUAACUGUCUCAAGAAUAAUGAUUAAGAUGUACCUACCGUUUAGUAAUCUGCAUAUGAUUGGAGUUCACUGAUCAGAAUUAAUUUAAAAUCACUGUUGUAAUAGACACUUCUAUCGAUGGUAUUUUAAAUAUGCAAGUUUGUGUGACUGAAGUUUUAAAAAUGAAAAUGGGUUAUGCUGUUGUAAACGAGGAUAGUAUACAUAGUCACCAGUGUCCAAUUUUCAAAGUAAAGGCUUUUUCUGUUUCUACUGAAUUAAUUAUAUUUUUAUGCUGGGAGAGACUCCCCUUUAUAGUGCAGUUGUACCUGACAACUAUGUCCCCCUGCACUCUGCCUAUUCCUGUACCUCAGUAAAUAAGUAAAAUACUGUUCUAUAUUGUUUUUGAUGUUUGGAUGUAAUGCAUAGCCUUUCCUUCUAUCAAGGAUACAUUGAUACUGAAAACUUAUACUUGCCUUUUCAGUUCUAUACUAAAGUACCUUCUUUAGUCUCUAGAAUAUGCCAAAUGUAUUCUGGCAGUUGGACUGUAUGUUGCAGAAAUAAGAAAAUUAAGUAAUUGCACUGUGAACUUUGCAGGGAUUAAAAGAAAAAAGUAUCAAGUUGUAAUUGCCUCUCAUUAUUGAUACUAUCACAACUUUCCCGAUUGACAGGAAAGCCUUUUAAAUGCUGUUAACUGUUAGGUAUGACUUCAAAGAUAAAAUAAUUUUAUUAACCUUUAAGUCUGUGCAGGUGCCUGCAUCUGUAAGACUAGGUCUGGGCACAAAUAAUGAGGUUUAAAUACUGCUGAUAGACUAAAUUUAGUGAAGUUCAGGUAUUCUGAACUUUUAAUAUUACUUUUAUGGAAAAAUGGCUCAGAUAGCUUUCUGUCUGGUCAGAUCUUGAAAUUGCCCAGCCCUAAUCAAGGCAAACCCUACCAAAGUAAAAUAUACAUUGAUUUGAGUUGAUAAAUGUCAACUGAUGACUUGUCUUUUGAAAUGUUUUAACUUUAGUAAGCUUACUUUUUUUUUCCUCACUGCAACUUUUCCAGGUUUGGACCUUAUGAGUCUUAUGACUCCGGGUCUUCUCUGGGUGGGCGAGAUCUGUACAGAUCUGGCUAUGGUUAUAAUGAACCCGAACAAAGCCGCUUCGGAGGUAGUUAUGGUGGUCGAUUUGACAGCAACUACCGGAAUAGCCUUGACUCUUUCGGAGGUAGAAACCAGGGCGGGUCUAGCUGGGAAGCACCUUACUCACGCUCAAAGUUGAGGCCUGGGUUUAUGGAGGACAGAGGAAGAGAGAGUUACUCUUCCUACAGCAGUUUUUCUUCACCCCAUAUGAAGCCUGCACCUGUAGGCUCUCGGGGGAGAGGAACGCCUGCUUACCCUGACAGUGGAUUUGGAAGCAGAAACUAUGAUGCUUUUGGAGGACCAUCAACAGGCAGAGGCCGUGGCCGAGGAGUAAGUACAGAAUCUUUUCAGAUUCUUUUCACUAGUCACUCUUUUAAACCCUUUCAAGACCAUAGCAUUUAAAACAAACGGGCGCUGUCCAAACACAGUGCACUUUUGGCCAAACUGUUAGGGUUGAUGACCUCCCAAUCCCGUUUGGUAUUUACCUAGAACUUAGCACCCAGUGUUUCUUCAUUUGCAAGUAAAGCACUAAGAGAUUAGUUGCUAAGGCUUUUAUCAAAUCUCUCCUUUUGUUUGAAAGGUGAAGAUUAAGGCAAUGGGUUUGGUCUAAAAGGGGUUAAAAGGAAUUGCAUUUUUCCUUGUUAACACUAGCAUCUUGGCUAGUGGGAGAAGUCUUGAAUCAUUGUAAAGGUUAAUUAGAACCUUUCUCCGUUCUGAGUAGCUUAAAGGUGCAAUGUAUGUAUACUGUUGAAUUUUAGGGGUUGAAUGCCAUACAGCUGAUUUUGUCCUGAUAGGCAGGCAAUCAGUUCUACAUACUCAUUCUUAACUUAAUGUAAGGUCACUAGACUUACGUGGAGUAAUGGGUAUAAUAAAGAUGUGUAAUAAGAAAUUAGGUGAUUUGAAAUCAUAGUUAAAGGGGCGCCAUCAACUUAACUAAUUGUUUCAGAAUGAAAACUAACGGUGCACUGAACAGUUUUGUCUAACACUUGCGUGAUUUAUAUAUAAAAUUGCACACAACAUGUUCUUGCAUGCUGAAUGUGAUGUUCCAGUGCAGCUUCAAAAUUGCAGUUGAAACAUUGUGAACAGAGUAAAAAAACCCUCGACUAUCAGCAGGAAAAACUUUUUAACAGCUGCUAGACUCCUGAUGGAAUACUUCAGGUUUAUAAGAUGAUGAUGUCCCAUUAACUUACUUUAUAAUCUUAUAUUUCAUUUUAGUACAAAUAGUUAAGUUAUAGAAGCUUAUCUUGAUCUCAUAUAUGCUAUCAUAAAUGUCAUAAGCAUAAUAUGUUUCAAGAAACUAGCUUUAAAAAAAACAUAGGGUAGUUUAUUUAUAGCCUAAAUGUAGAGAUAAAGAUCUUUAAAAAAAGAAAAGGUGGUCUGCAUCCCUAAACUGUUCUUUCAAAAACGUUUUUACCCAUGUGGCAUUCUGAAGGGUACAAUUGGCAUAAUAAGAUUUAAUGCAGAGAGACAUAAAAGGAGCUAGGAGCUUUCUUGUAGUUUGGUAAUAAAGUACUUUGCAUAUUUGUGUAGCCCUUGUUGUCAAGACUAUCUUUUUUUUAAGUAGGUUUAUGUUACUGAGUGAGUUAAAAGUCUCAGGGAGUAUUGACAGUUCACUUUUUAAAACUUAAGUGUGCCUUUCUUGAACUUGAAAUACUUUGAGGAAUAAGCUACUUACUGUACUUAAAAUGCAUUGCACCUUUAAUGGAUCUGGAAAUAUUUCUUGUGCAAAUGUAAAUCGCCUAGAAAGUGUCCUUUGAUUUAUGUACAUUCAGCGUGGAGAUAUUGCUAGAUUGUUUUUUUGCUAGGGACCAAUUUGUAGACAAAGUGAAAUUUAGAACGUGUGCAUGGACUUUGUUAGCGUAUUAUUAUUUUAAUGUUCUCUAACAUAUUCUGGUGUGCUAAUGCUAUUUGUUAGUCAAGUUAGGGAAACUUAAAUUUCUGCUUAUAUGAUUUCAGUUAUCUGGUCAGAUGAGCUUUCUUGAUUUAAUUAAAUGUAUCUGUAGGAAAGCUUGCCUGCCUUUUGGUUGGUUCCUUCUCUUCAGUUUGCUUCUAUUUUCAGUGCCUUAAAAUGUGUGGAACAAGCCAAUUUAAGCAUCCUUAUGUAGAUAUCUGAGACAGGAAGAAAGGAAAUAGUCUUUUCACACCAGUAGAUGACAGUUUGAUCCUUGUUUCAAAACAUUUCAUGAUACAAGGCAGUCUUGUUUUUCUGCACUCACUGCCGCAAACCCCCUCUUCUUGAUAUAGGAUAGAAAUACGUUUUUGGCUUUGUCUUUUGUUAAAUGUAUCAUCUGGAGAAUCUGAAGAGAGGGAAUAUAACUGAAAUUAGAAUAUAACUCAAGAUCUGGAUUUAUGACUUCUCAUAAGCAGAAAUUCAUUUGAUAUAAACACUUUGUGGUCAAUUAACUGAAAAAUGAAUAAGCUUGCAGUUCUGAUGUAUGUUAACUUGCUAGCAUUGCGUUCUUUUCCCGGAGUUAAAAUAUUUGUAAAUAUGUAUUUGUAGGAAUUAUGUUUCUUGCCACCAGCCAUAUCAUUUUCUAAUACUUGCUCUUCACCUGUUUACAGUACAUGGGAGACUUUGGAGGCAUGCAUAGACCUGGAAUUGUGGUAGACUAUCAUAACAAACCCAGUAAUGCAGCAGUAGCUGCACGAGGAAUAAAGAGAAAAAUGAUACAGCAGCCGUAUAAUAAACCAGGUGGGACAUUUAUCAAGAAACCCAAACUGACAAAACCUAAUGUGAAGAUGAACCAAAACAAACCUAGUAAGUAAUUGAAUGAAAGAUACAAAUAAUAGCACUAUUUAACUUUUUCUGGGAGGAGACAUUUAUGAUGAUUUGCCAUUCUUCAUUUUUCAGCCUCAAGGCCCCUUUUGAAACUAGCACAGAUUAGAAAAUUUAAUCUGCUACUUAAAAUGAAGUCACUUUAUCAGAUUUGUGCCUAUAUACUAUUCUCCUGUGUGAAAUGUUAUCUUGGAAAAUUAGUCCUUUAAUACGUGUACGCCUAUAUUUUGGAACCUCUUCUGGCUUCUUUUAUUGUGAAGACUGCUUGCUAGAUGCUGUAGGAUUAUUACCAAGAGAACAAUUGCUGCUUAGAUGAAUUUCAGACCUUAAUGUUUGAAUGCUUAUGGAAAUGCAAUAUUCAGAUCAGAUUUUUUUUUUGUUCCCUUCUGCAAAGAUUGUUGACUUGCUAUUUGAAACAACAGAAAGUUAACAUUUUUUUUCUGCACUAACUUCACUAAGCCUGUUUGUAUGGCUUGCUUUGUAUGUGUAUUUCACCUUAAAUUUCCCCCUCAUACUUUUUGGGCGCAGUGUGUGGUUGCUAUUUGAAUUGACUUGAAUUUUGAGAGGACUCCAAAUGGCACACAUGCCACUUUGCAAUAUCUCUAUUAGUGAAAUACUCAUAAUUGCGAUGAAUGGAGUAUACGUGGAUAAGUUCUGUGGCAGAAACCUGAGAGGUUGAUAGAAUGUAACAUAUUGCAUGGUAUCUACGUGAAUCCCUAGGUCAGGGGUCUGCAACCUUUAAGACAAAAAGAGCCACUUGGACCCGUUUCCGAAGAAAAAAAACCUGGGAGGCGCAAAACCAUUGCGACAUUUAAAACAAAUAUAACACUGCAUAUAUUGUUUCUUACCUUAAUGUCCGAUCUGACAGUGGGCGGGAAGGUGACGUCGGGACGGUGCGUGACUAACUCACGCACCGCCCCCAUGCGACGUCACAGCCAGUACAGCGCCUGCCACAGUGGGGAGUGUCGGGGCGCACAAUGCGCCUCCUCCCCUCGCUAGUAUCCGGCCCGGAGCCGCGGCAAAGGUGUAAAAGAGCCACAUGCGGGUCCAGAGCCGCGGGUUGCAGACCCCUGCCCUAGGUGAUGGAGACUGGGCCACUUGCCAUCAGUGUUGAUGGGCAGGUUUGCUCUUCCUGAAUGGCUGCAUGUGAGAAAGUAAAGCAGAUUUUCCCAACCUGAUGCCCUCAAGAUGUAUUGAACUACACCUGUCACCAGCUUUGGCCACUGGCCAUGCUGCCUGGGGCUCAUGGGAUUUGAAGUCCAGUAAUAUCAGGAGGGCACCAGGUUGAGGAACGCUGGAGUAAUGGGUUGUCAGAGGGAAUGCUGGUUGGGAUGGGGGCAUAAGUACUACCAAAUUUACUUUCAGAACCUUGAAACCAAAAUAAAUACUUGCGAAUGUAAAUGUGCCAUCGAAUCUAAUGCACACCUUAAUUUUCGCAACGUAAUUUGGCCAAAAAUGGUGAGCAUUAGAUUCAAGUAAAUACAGUCACUUGCUGAAUUCAUCUAAUAUUGUGCAUUUGGGUAUUGCUCACUAACAUCGCAUCAGCUAUAGCUUGUGUUGUUCACGGGUGGCCUGUGCAAUAGGUACUAAAGAUAUUAAAUAUAUAUAAUGAAAACUGGAAAUUAUAUUUCCUCUUACAGUAGAAGCAUACCGGACUAGAUUGAGAGAUUUCUCAUAAGGGUCUCUGCCUUCAUCCAUCCACCUGUUUCUAUUUUGUCUUUAUUUUGAGGUAGAUUAUCCUGUUUCUUGAAUGUAAAAAUAUGUCCUACUGGUACCCUUAAGCUAUUUUUUUUUUUUAAACCAGCAAGAAAUUGACAGUGGUCUCUGUUUGCUGGAAAUAUCUUCAAAACCUUGUUUCAGUUGUCAUCAUCUCAUUUAAGCCAACUUGAGAUUUAGGCUUAAGACCUGAGAUUUAAAACUUGUUCUUUAUAUGAAUAAGUAACUUUUUAAAAAAGUCUUCUACUGUUGCAUAUGGUCUUGUUUCCACAGUGUAAUCAAUGAGAUGGUCUAAAUUUUUGUUUACCGUUUCUUGUUAAUUCCUCUCACUGGGGUUGGUGGUCUGUUGAAAUGCCUCAGGUAUGCUAUUCUACCUUUGGAGUCUGAGAGUAAAUGUAGAAAACACAACUGAUUCUUUCAUGCGCACAAUAUGAUGACUGAUUUUAAGUGUGAUAUAAACAACGGUGAAUUGAAUUUAAAAGGUGUGUAACCAAUGAAUGGAAAACCAAUUACACAGUAUGAUGAUGUAAUCCUACAUGUGCUAGUUCUGCUGCAUUCUCUCAGUUUUGAUAUAAUUUCAGUACCAGUACAAGAGCUUGAUUAAUUCAAAUUAUAUGUAAUUUCUUUGUGGUUUUUUAUAUAACCUGCAAGUGCAUGCUAUUUUCUUUAAUGUAUUAUUUCAGUUUCUAUAACCAAGCUUCCUAUUUUCCCAGUUUCCCAAGGAUUUAAACAAAAUGUUAGGUGAGACAAAAUAUUACACUGCAGCUUGAUUCUCUUUAAAUUUCUUCCUCCUUUCAUGCUAAUAGAGCCAUGGACACCAAGCAAGAAAGCUACUACAGAGGUAACGAUCUCUAGCUUUGCAAAAUAUUGUGCUUUGCAACAAACGUUAGAGUGUGUCUUGAUAGUUAACACAAACACCAUAUAUGAUCUAGAAGGCCACGGGGCACAGUGAUGCCUGUCCCAAUGAGAUUUUUCAGUCUCUCUCUCUCUCUCUCUCUCUCUCUCUCUCUCCCUCUCUCUCCCUCUUCCCCUCUCUCCCCCACCCCCUGAUAGUGCUGGACCAGAAUAAGAACCUGCUAUUAAUACAAGAGUGAGGAUCUCUGUGGUGCAAUCCAGAGAGCAAUCUAAACAGAUUAGAAUUCAGUGUCACACUAGUCCAGUUGCUCCAUUCUGGGGGUUCUCCUGACCCUCUACAACCCGAUUGGGGAAAAGGAAGGGAGAGCCCCAUUGCAGAAGUGGAAGACGUUGCACUCGGCUUCCAGUAAUGGGACUGGUUAGGUGAAUCCUGCCCAUUGAAUUUUAAGGGUAGGCAACUGGUGGUUCUUUUAUAUGUGCCAUUGUGGUUUUAGUCUUAAUAAGACAUAAUCGAAAGGCAAGAUAAAAGCCAUGUACUUGUGACUCUUCACCUACUUUCAGAUUUUGGUCAUGAAACCUGCAUUUCUGAAAAACACAUUUAAUACAUUUAUAUCCUUCCUUUCCAUCGUGGAACUCAAUGCAAUGCAUGUGGGAUUCCUAGACUCGGAUGUUUUAGCUUCAGCAUACUAUUCAGUUGAACUUGUAGCUUAUAUUAAAAGACAUUCAGUACUAAACUUGAGAUACUUCAGUGCUUGUGGUAGCUUAGUGUAAAUUUAUAUAUGUGGAGUCUCAAUAAACUUGCAGGUUUCAAAAUACUGGUUAUAUAGCCAAAUAGCGGAUCUUCAAUCCAGUGGUCACAAUAACUAGGAGGAAAGAUUUUCUUUUUUAACCAAUUGUUUCAUUUUCAGCUUCUGUUCAUGGUUGCUUUGAAUCUAUAGCCUGUUUACACAGGAUUGCUGACAGUUUUAUUUAUCUAGAUAAGGUCUAGAAAAAUCCUAGGUACCUGACUGUCAUGGCACGUUGGAACACUGAAUUACGUUUCUAUCUGGUUUGAACCUAGUACUUAAAGCACUCUGUGUAAGAACUCUGAACUAUUUCACAGCAAUUUGUAGUUUUAUUUGUUUCUCUUACAGUUGUGCCUUGUCAAAUGAAAUCCAUGGCUUUUAGGUGGCUUGCAGUUUAAAUGCAGUAUCAGUAAUAGAAUGAACACAGCGAAAACAUAAAAAAUGGCUUGCAUGAACAUGGCACAACACAAAAACCAGAGAUUCUCUCAUAGCUUGGUAGAAUACAAAUGUUAAAUGACAUCCGCUAAAAGCUCAGUGUAACAGUUCUGGUGCUCUUUGUCACGUGUGCCACCACAGGAAAGUUCCCGCUUCCAUUCUGAGUUCAGAUGAUGGACACCAUGUGGGGAACCCCAGGAAAUUUGCUGUAUAUGGGAAUGGUCUCAUAGGAGCGUACAUCCUCCUGAGAUUGAUGGGGCAACUCAUUAUUAAAGUUGAAAGAGCAAAGGUUGAAUAAUGGAAACUUAAUAGUAGGAAAGUGGAAAUACAUGUUGGUAAGAUUAAAGGAUAAGGAGACUUCCAUUUCUGAGUUGGGCAGUUAUUAGAAAAGCCAGAAAAAUAGAAGCUUUUGUCCCGUCAGAUCCUGAAUGUUGAGCAAAUGCUCUUGUAGCUGACAUGCCUGGUUGAUCAGAAUAUUUUAUCACACCAUGUGCAAAGUAGAUGUUCCAAAUCUGAUAAAAUAAUUUUGAUCAGUCAAGCAUGUCAGCGACGAGGACAUUUGCAUCCUGCCCAAUAGUCAUGAUCUGACGGGGCAAAUUUCAAUUUUACUUGUCUUUCUGAUAGCUGCCCAUUUUAUGAAUGGAAGUAUCUUUAGCUCUAAGGGUGCAAUUCUAAUGACAAUUACAGCUUUAAAUGCAUUAUGCUAUGUAAUAGCACAACUCUUCAAAAGGUUUGACUGAUGGAUUGUUAAUGCCAAAUAAGUGGAAUUUAAAAUCAGUGUCAGUGGAAUCCAAUAUUUUAUCAUAUAGUGGAAGUUAACCUUCCUCUCCUCCACCCUUUGCCCCGCCCCCAUCACUCAGAAAAAAUCUUCUUUAGAGGGCAAGGAGAAGAGAAGAAUGUGAAGUCCUGCUCCACUCGCCCACAGGCAGUGUUCAAUGCAACCAAAUUUACUCACUAAAAAUGGUCUCGUAGCAACUUAACAUACAGAAAUACACAACCAGAAUUUACUUUUUUAAUUCAUUCCUCUUAAUUCAAGCUGAUCACUUCAACUGAUUGAAUUGAAUUGAAAUGAAUGUUUUCUUCCCGUUCUGGAAUUAAUGUGCCACGUUUUGUCCGCUCAUCUGUUUACGCUGGAAACUUGUGCGUUUUGACCUUUCAUUAGGGCAAUGAAGCUGAAGCGGGUGGCGCAAUUACAGAUGAAGACUUUACACAAGAUGCCUGUGAUGGCAUCUGUCAGGAAUUUGAAGGUAAGCCUGCUUAUUUUAUCAGGUAACUCAAGGUACAGUGCCUCUACAGUUUCAUCUGGUGACAUUUUCAAGAAAAACUGUACUUAAUGAUGUGUUAUUUCCUGCAGUUGUGUGUUUCAUCUUCAAAACGGAGAACGUUUAGUUCCAUGGCUCUUGACUGUGACAAACGUAUCAUUACUUGCUUGUGAUAACGUUUUCUUUUCUACACCCAGAUCAUGUAUACUCAACGCUUAUUUGACUUUCUGUUUCAUGUAGCAUUAAUGCCAUCACUUAAAAUUAGAACUGUAGUAUUGAUCAUCCUUAUCUUUGUAGUUAAUAUUUCAUGGUAUUGAUUUUAAAGUAGACCAACUGCCAGCUGUUCUUCACCAUAAAUUGGUUGUGUUUAUACAUGCUGCUUAUUAAAACAGGUAAACUAUCUAUUUCUAGGAGAAAGAUGUUUCAGUUGCUAAACCAUAUCUUCAAACCCACAAGCAAGAAAAUUCUACAUUGAGGCUGAAAUUCUGUCCUAAACUUCUUUUCCCCCUGAUGUGCUUUGCUAUUGUAUAUGGUCUGUGUGAUAAAUGAGGAAUGCUGGGAACUUGCUACAAAUUGUGUGGAGUUUCUUGUCUCAAAACCUUGGGGUGUAUCUCAUACUGUGUAAUAGGCUUUCCAUUGAAAUACUGUUCACUGAAAUACUGUUUGUGCUGCUAUGAUUACAAGGUGAAGCGGAAUCAUCUUCUUUUUUUUUACUCCAAAAUCGAACCAUCUUCAGGUUACCACUGAAGCUUGUUUUGAGAUUCUAGUGUAGUGUUGUAUCUGGAUUCAUAUUGAUGGCACCUUAGCAAAUUCACAAGUUGUUCCGCUUAAAUCUUCAAAUAAAACAUCAUGCUGGAAAGUAGGAGUCUUGAGUUGGUUUCUGGACUUGAGCCUCCAUUCCUCUGGACUUCAGUAAAUCUAGAGAUUUAGAAGGUGUCUGCUGAUCUUGAGAGACAAGAUGCAGACUUUCUCUCUACAGAACCCAAUGUCAGAUGGCUUAUACAGCAGUUAAACAAGGACUCACUUGCGUUUCCUUUGAGGUAAGGUGCCACAUUGCAAGUUCAUCCCUAUGGAGCGCUUUGGAGAGGCCUAGGGAUUCUUUGGUGGAAUGGAUUUCUCUGUGUGUAUGUGUAAAAAUGCGAGUGGAGUGCUUGCUCUAUGUACUGGGAGAAUAGUACUUCAUUGUUUGCUUAUCACCUCCAAAAGUAAUUGUAGGCUGUUCUGAUUAUUAUUCCUACCUUGGGUGUGAAUAGCAGUCAGAAAUUGACAUCAUUGGUACCUGUUUUUAAUAAGGCAGAUGUUUCUUUCAAAGAGACAUGCAAAGGAGAGAACAGCUGUUUGGCUGCUUGAAAAUCAUGUCCAGAUUGACACCAAAAACCCCAUUUUGCCCGUGAAUUGAAAACCUGCCACCCGGAAAUGCAUGGAAUCCAUAACAUCUUUGAAACGAAAUUUUGAAGUUGCUUUUCUGAAUAUGCAAUCUCAAGUUUGGAAGAAUGAGGACUGUUCAUACAUUUUGAUAUUUGUGUUAAAACCCACCAGAUUGUCAAUCAUUUGGGGGGAACGAUUAGGAAACCUGUACUCGAUGUUGUGUUGUAGUUUAGGGUUAAAGUGUUCCAUUUUAUUGGGAUUUUGAAGAUUGCAUGCUUUUCCUUUUCAGAUAAGUUUUCGCUGUUCAAUAAGCUGUCUUCACAAUAAAACCAGGAAGCAUCUAGCUUAAAACAGCAUAAAUUUUAUGCAGCAUUAAGUUUGAUAUCUCAUUGAUUGUAGGCUCUACAACUGUUUACUGUUCUCUGCUGGUCCCUUACAUAGUAGUGCCUUUAGUAUCUAGGCACAAUGAGGUUAGGUUGGCUUUAUCUUUUGCUAAUUCUCAAACCUACACUGAAAUGCUUGGAUAUUCCCUUUAGCUUUAAAUUAACUAAGCCCUGGUAGAUGCCGUUGGCAUAGGUGGCUUGACUUUAUUCCUCCUUAAUGACGCCCUAAGUGUAGUGGUUGAGAUGGAGUGGUGUAGGGUAAGUUGGACUUCACAUUUCCCUCUUGUUGGAGUCUAGAACGCAAUUAUUUAUUUAGCUCUUUAAUUGUUUUUAGGUGUCAAGCCGGAGGUGAAAAAUGAAGAGGAAGAAAAACGUCGAAUUGAGGCAAGAAGAGAGAAGCAAAGGCGUAGAAGGGAGAAGAACAGUGAAAAGUAUGGUGAUGGUUACAGGUUUGUGGUGGAAAUGUCAUGAAUUUGUCCCCAGCCAAAAUUCACAGGCGUGCAAAGUGGGAAUGGCAUCUUCUUUAUGCUGUCUUUGCUCUGCCUGCUCCAUGGUGUCUUAUGCCUGAGCUCCCCAAUGCCACAUAGACAGUAUGCUAUAUUUCCAUGUAUCUGGAAGGGCAGACGCGAUGUAUUUCAUGAUAAGCCGUUAUUCCUGAACUAUCAGGAAUACCCAAAGAAUUAUUUAUUGUAAGGACAGAAUGCCUGCACACCAUGUUGAGGGAUCUCCUAGCGAAUAAUCAUUUAAUCCUCUUGUGAAGAGUGUUUGCUUAGUUUCAGUGGGAAGGUUCACAAGUUGUAAUGGGUUUAUUUGGUUUUGUUACCCGUUUAUUGUUGUUAUUGUUGUUAUAUCUGUACCCUCGCCCAUCUGACUGCAUUGCUGCAGCCACUCUGGGCAGCUUCCACAUAAUAAAACAUUAAAAACUUAACAAUACAGGGCUGGUAUCAUGGCUAAAAGUGAGCUGCAAGCCCAAAGGUUCUUGGUUCAAAUUUUGCCGUGGUCAUAAGCUCAUUGCAAGUUUCCAUGUUCAAUAUGGAGGUAUAGUGCCUGAAAUAAAUGUGUUGUGGCACUUGGAACAUUUGAAAUGCUAUAUAAAAAUAGUAAUUGUUGUGAUUUAUUGUUGUGGUUAAAUGUUUGACAAGUAAAACUUGCUAAGCACUGUCUGGCAGCGACAUCAAAUGAUGUCCACCCACUUGCACAAUGGGACUUCCUGUCCCUUUUCUCCCUCCACAUGUCCCCAAACGCGUGGAGCAGAUUUUGGGAGCGCAUGGAGGGCUGAGGAGGGAGGAGAAGGCUGUUGUGGAACUGGGAUGUCCAUUUGCACUAUGUUGGAUUCAUCCGGGGUCUUUGAUUCUAUAUAAACUUUGAAAUGCUGGACUCUGUGUGUUCUGUUAACAAGCAGAAAGUAUAAAAGUAGCUGCUGUUUUGACUAAUAUCACCUGCUUAAACAGGAGCGAUAACAUAUUUCUUUCUCUAGAGUACAGUAACUUUAGGACUGUUGAGUCACUCCUGUUAGAGUAAUACUGCGGAUUUUUAUUAUAUUGUAGUACUGUGAUUAAAAUGUGUAACUAGGUGUGCCUUUUACUUUUCUGCCACCUCUGCCUGGGUAACCAUGCGUCUGCAACAAAGAGCCUUGUUGCACAGAAUCUUGUGGCAGAAUCUUUUGUGGGCUAGAGUCUCAUCAGAAUGAGGAUUCAUUUGAAUUUCUCUCUGGUCUAUGAAAGCCUGUGCCACAACACAUUUGUUCCAAUCUUUAAGGUGCCACGAGAUGAAAUACUGGUCUUGCCGUUCAACCCAAGGCAUGCUUAUUCAGAAGAUAACUGUAUUUUUCACUCUAUAAGACACACCUAGUUUUUAGAGGAGGAAAACAAGGGGGGGAAAAUCUCUCCUCUGUGCAGCGCCUCUCCAGCGAAGUGGGAGGAGAAAUGGAAGAGGCUCUGUUUCUCCUCCCGCUUCGCUGAAGGUGCGCUGCGCAGCUCUCCUUUUCUGCACAGUGCCAUUCGCUCCAUAAGACGUACAAACAUUUCCCCUUACUUUUUAGGAGGAAAAAAGUGUCUCUUAUGGAGCGAAAAAUACAGUACUCUCACUUAUUUCUAUUUCAGUUGCCACCUUGUAUGAAUCACAUGCUUACAGGGUCCAAAAGAAACUCCAAACUGACUUAGAUUGUUGUGAUGGAACCAUCUCUGUGUUUUUAACCGUAUAUAACAUUUGUCAAUGAAAUGAAUUGAGUGUUGCAGUGGCAGGAUUUUAACAAAUUCUAUAUCUCUCUGUGCAACAUGUCUCUAUCUUCUGCCAGAAUGGCAUUCACCUGCUCAUUCUGCAAGUUUCGAACAUUUGAAGAAAAAGACAUUGAAGCUCAUCUGGAAAGUCCUGUUCACCAGGAAACGUUAGAUCAUAUUCAGAAGCAAACCAAAUUCGAUAAGGUUGUGAUGGAGUUUCUACACGUAAGUUGUCUAAAUGGAGCUAUAGAUUGGCUUGUGAAAUGCACGAAUCACAGUGGCAAUAACCUUAAAUUGGGAAAAUUGAAACAGUAUUUCUAACACCAUAAGUAAAGUGAUACAUUUUUCUAAACAUAAAUAACGUUAAAGAGUUCCUAACACUUAUGUUACUUGUUUUUAUACAUGGAGUGUGUUGCGUGACAAAGCCCACCCCCCUGCUAGGACCAGUACUUUAAAAUAACCUUUCACCUUUCAGAUACCAAUUUCUGCCUUCAUUUAUACACUCAGGAUAAAUGCUUCAUCUUGCUGCAUGGCAGGGAUGGCACUGACCAAGAAUAGCACAGUGACCAGUUUCGAAAGAGCUUGCUUAGGCAUGAGUGCUAGCUCAGGGGAAUUCUCAAGAUCUCUUCUUUCACUAGUGAACCCCUUUGCCGGAUUGCAAAAUGCUUUUGAAUCUGCUCAGUUACAAAAGCAGUUUGCAACACUGCUGUCUUUAUGGGGUAGUGGUGAAAGCCUAUACUGUUUUCAGAAGAUCUCUCUCUUUCUCUCUAAAGCACCAACCCCCUUUGGGCUCAUCAAACUAAUUUCAUAAUACUUUGGAUCCUGGCCAGUGAGUCUGGUAGCUUCAGUAUGUGGGAGGUGAAUUUAAAACAAAUGAAGAUAAUGUUUGAUUUCCUGAAAGUGAUGUACACUCUCUCCCUCCCCCCCCCAAACCAAGGAAUGUAUGGUGAAUAAAUUCAAGAAGACCGCUAUGCGUAAGCAGCAGACUACUAGCCAAAUGGAAGCUGCCCAGAUGACUGAAAAAGAUGUUAUGGAAGGCAAGUAGCCUAUGAAAGCGUCUGCUGUGUGUCAGCAUAGCAAAUUUGUUAUGUAGGCACAGUCUAGAACUGUACGUUAACAAGGCCAAAUCAUAUUUCCUAAAUUUGGUCACCAACUCAGAAGUUGGGGGUGCCGGUCUCUGUGAUGGGGCCUGUUUUUAGACACCUGCCGAAAACUCUUAUUCCAGCAAGGCUACCACAGUGUACAAGUUAGCUGUAUUUGCAUUAAUUAUUUAUUCUACUGAUCUUAUUUCUGAUUUAUUGAUAAUUGAUUUAUAUUUCAUGUAUAUUUGUGUUUUAAUAGUUUUGCAGAUUUUCGCUGCAUUUUAUGGAUAAUUACAUACACCGCUUAAAGAGUUUGUCAUCAAGAGGCCCUAUGAAUCUUACUUAAUAAAUGCAUUUUGAAAACGAUAUUGGACUCGAUGGGACUUCCCAUUUAACUAGCAAGGGCAAAUGGUUCUGUAAACCUAAGUGAUUGUUACUUAAAACAAUCAAUUUUGGGUUUUGGGAGGAGAAAUGUGGUAAACGUUGAAGAAUUUUGUGUCACUGCACCAGGCAUUUGCAAAACUCCCAUAUUUGAUGCCUACUUGUAAAUCUCCUCUGUAGAAUAACUUAUCACAUUUAAAUGUGAUAGUACCAUUAAUUGGCAUAAAUUUGGAAGAAAUUCUGGUUCCUCCCUUUCGUCUCAUGGUUUUGCAAAAUCCUUUUUGUUUGAUAUGCACACACAGAUCCCUUAACCCUUACUACAUGGCUUUCUCUUAGCAUAAUCUGUUACCCUUAACAUAUUUGUUUCUUUGCCAGGUGUCACGGCUGAUGACCACAUGAUGAAAGUAGAGACUGUUCUCUGCUCUGCAUGCAGUGUUUAUGUCCCUGCUCUACACAGUUCUGUUCAGCAGCACUUGAAAUCUCCUGAGCAUGCAAAGGGAAAAACGGUAAAAUUUGACUGUAGAGUUUCCUUUUACCUUGUUGAUUGACCACUAAAGCGAUAAAGAUGGUCUAGUGCUGGCAUCCCCAACCUUCGGCCCUCCAGAUGUUUUGGACUACAAUUCCCGUCAUCCCUGACCACUGGUCCUGUUAGGUAGGGACAAUGGGAGUUGUAGACCAAAACAUCUGGAGGGCCGCAGGUUGGGGGUGCCUGGUCUAGUGUGUGUCUUGGUCCGUUGCUUCAUUGAGCCCAUGCUCCCCCCCUUGUUUGCUUUGCCAUGUCAUUCAGUCGUUAGUAUCAGCAACAGUUCAUGAUUACACCACACAGUAGUACAAAAUUUAACAAUCCUGUUUAAGACAUACCAGCUCCCGUGUAAAUUAGCAGAAGAAAGGGAGAGUACCUAAUGAGAUGCAUACAUUUGGUUCUUAUAUUAAAUCUAAACACAGUUGGAAAAGAUCUGGUUGAGUAGUGGUUAAGUUUACAUACUAGCCCAGGGCUGUGGGUGCCACACAAUCACAAACUAUGGGAUUGGCUUUCCUGGCCAACUGAAGAGUUCACUUGGAAUUUGAUGAUUCUGCUUGGCCACACCCGCAAUCUAAUCAGUGACCCAGUGGCUUGCUUGCUAGGACUAAGCUGUAGAUGGAUACAGACUAAAGCUAUGAUCACCUUUAGCGCCAAUUCUCCUCCUUUAAUUUCAUCUUUGAUUAGAUCGUUUCCCCCUAAUUCUAUGGUUCUCUGCACUUAGAAUCAUUUGAAAAUGAGUAGAAAGCAAAACAUAAGCUCAGUGCUCAUUUGUGCAGACAGUUGGACGUACACAAAUGAAGUACGACAGGCCAUUCCAAAAGCAAUAAAGAGAACUCCAUCCUGCCACAAAUGGUUAGUGUUUCAGUUAAUAAUGACACCUCUGUAGUUGCUCUUAAGAUGGACAAAGCUCAAUCAUAGUUUUGCACUUACUUGGCUUUCCCCGUGUAUAGGUUUAGUUUCCAAGUAGACUAGUGCUAAACUCCUGUGAAACUUUUUCAGCAGUACUGCAGGUAACCUGAAGCAACCAUGCACACAUAGGAUCAUAAAGCCUUCAUGGCUUCUAUGAACAGUAGGAGGAGAGGUUACUCUUGCACCCCAAUAUUAUGUUGAAACACUGACAGGAAAAUAAGCACUGAUAAUUUUCCUCUUUGGGGGGGGUAAUAAGGAAUUGUCUUGAUAUUUUUAGGAAAAUAAGAAUUUUUCCACAUUAUUGAAAGUCCAUUGAAAACCAAAAUUUAAAAAUACAGGUUACUUCCCAUUAUAAAAACAAGUUUAAAAAAUAAUAAUAGCCUUAAUCCAGUUGGUGCCCUUGCAGUCACAGAAAUGCAUUUGAGAAGCAUCCAAUAAUGGGGAUGGGUUUCUUCCACCAUUUUCCUUCCUUCCUUCCUCUCUCUCUCUCUUUCUCUCUCUCCCCCCCUCUCUCCCUCUCUCUCCCUCUCCCUCUCCCUCUCUCUCCCUCUGCCCCCUCAAACUGUCCCAGUAUUCUCAACAAAUCCAUUCUAGAGAGUUGGAGGUUACUCCAGAACAGAGUGGAAAGCGGCAUGGGGGCUGGGGAAGGGUAUUGGACAAAAAUGAUCUUGCCUCCCACCAUUCGAAAUUAGCAAGGUGCCUGGCGCAUUUUGCACCUAAAGAUUCUCCAUUUGCGAGCACCUCCAGAAGUCUGGGUGCUAUUUUUUACACCAGGCUGACACUCAAUGAUUACUGAAAUGUAUGUGCUUUGAAGCCUCGAAGUAUAUGUUAAGGAUAGACAAUACGUUAAGGAGUUUAACGAUAAAGAGUAGAGUGUUUUGAAAACUGAAGUAUGGUACCAAUAUUUUUAUUGUCAACACCAAAUUAAAUAUAUAUUAACAAUUUCUGCUAAAAAUCUGAUAUUAACAAUGUGACACUUAUGUGAAUUGCCUAUUAGUUCAUGCUUUUCAAAAUAUUAAAAAGUACUGCGCCCCCCCUCCAACGGCAUUCUGUUUUGAUGCCGACAACCUAGGUUCCAGAAGUCAUUUGGCUCCUUGGUUUUUUAUCCCAGUUUCUAAUACUGUUGCCUCCUCUUCUGCUACCUUGUUAGUUUUCCAUUUAUAGCUUGCUCUUAUCAUUUCGUCUCCUGUGGUUGACUGGAAGAUGGAUAGAAUUUUAUGUUGUCACCAUUCCCCCCCCCCCCCGGAGAAAUCAGUGCUAUUAAUAGAUAACCAAUGAAGUAAUUCAUGUCCUAUUUUGUAUACCAUUUAAAUUUAGUGAUUGAAUAAGUGUUUGGAUGUGGUCACUUGGCAAGCCAUACAUUAUUUUGAUGAGAUUAAGGGUGUUGCUAGCGUUUUUAAAAAACACGGGAACUGCUACAACACUUUAUGAAGCCAACUUUAUUUCCAAGUGUUGACAAUAGGCCUCAGAUAGUACCGUAUUUUUCGCCCCAUAGGACGCACCGCCCCAUAGGACGCACCUAGGUUUUUUUUGGGGGGGGAAUAAAGGAAAAAAAUGUAUUUCCCCCCCAGGCGCGGGGGCUGGCGCAGGGGAAGCCUGAGCUUCCCCAGCCCCCAGAACAGGCUGCCGCCCCAAGCCUUGCGCGCCCGGCGGGAUGCACCGCUGGGCGCACGAGGCUUGCAGCCAUCUGCCCGAAGCAGGGGGCGGGCCCCAAGCCUCGCGCGCCCUCCCGGGACCUCCCGACAUCUGUCCGAUGCGCGGGGCGUGCUACACAGCGCGCCCCGUGUUUCAGGCUGCACGCUGCUGCCCGCAAGCCUUGUGCGCCCGGCGGGACCUCCCGCCGGGCACGCAAGGCUUGCGGAUAGCUUCCUGAAGCCUGGAGCGGGAGUGGGGGCGGGGCGCACCGACGCCUCUCGCUCUCCAGGCUUCAAUGAAAGCCUGCAUUCGCCCCAUAGGACGCACACACAUUCCCCCUUCAUUUUUGAAGGGGAAAAAGUGCGUCCUAUAGGGCAAAAAAUACGGUAUGUCCUUGUAUAUCAUAAAAAUUAAUGCAGACAAAACGGAUUCAUACUUAAAUCAAAAUCCUGUUCUGCAGUUGAUCAAAAUCAGUAGGGCUUGAAGAUCAUUGCAGAUUCUCGUUUAAUGAUCCAUAAUAAAUGUAAAACCACAGAGCGUCUGCUUCUAUAAUGUGCUAGAUAGUCCUAAACUAUAUCCUUUUAUGAUUGUACUAAAGCCAGUUGUUUAGUUGGUACGUAGCACUCUUAACAGUAAUUCAACUUUUUUCUGAAUAUUUUACUUUUACUUUUCUCUUCAAUAACCAGUUCAUAUGUCUGGCUAAUAUUGCAUUUCUUAUAAUGGGAAUUGGUUGUCUCUGUGGAAUAGGUUUCCAGUGCUUGUUUUUACAGUAUAAUCUUGUUUACAGACUUACAAAGAGCAAAUUAAAAGAGAGAGUGUACUAACUGCUACCAGCAUAUUGAAUAACCCAAUUGUGAAGGCACGAUAUGAGCGCUAUGUCAAGGUAAGCUUGCAGUAUGACCUAACUUUUUAGCAGCAGACACUGCUGAUAAAGAAUGCUUAAGAUUGGCUCCUGCAUGAUUUUCUCGAUUUGAUCAUUUAUAAGUGAAGUAAUCCUAUAUUUUUAGUUGGGUACCCGCACUUCACAUUGGUAGGUAAAACAGCUGCAAUCAGAAUUAAAAAAAAAAAAAGAAUUAUUGAUCAGAAGGGCUUGUCUAUUGAUCAAUUAAAAUGACAAAUAUUUGUGUACUAAAAUAUUUCCAGUGCAAGAAACUUUAUUUGUGUAAUAAUGCACACUAUACCUUAGAAAAAGCACUCCUUUGUGAGGUAGAAAGGAUUAACAUAGUGCUUGUCGUUUGCAGUUUUUUACUUGUUAGGUAAAGGUAAAGGUACCCCUGCCCGUACGGGCCAGUCGUGUCCGACUCUAGGGUUGUGCGCCCAUCUCACUUAAGAGGCCGGGGGCCAGCGCUGUCAGGAGACACUUCCGGGUCAUGUGGCCAGCGUGACAAAGCUGCUCUGGCGAGCCAGCACCAGCGCAGCACACGGAAACGCCGUUUACCUUCCCGCUAUAAAGCGGUACCUAUUUAUCUACUUGCACUUAGGGGUGCUUUCGAACUGCUAGGUGGGCAGGAGCUGGGACCGAAAGACGGGAGCUCACCCCACCGCGGAGAUUCGAACCGCCGACCAUGCGAUCGGCAAGCCCUAGGCACUGAGGUUUUACCCACAGCGCCACCCGCGUCCCAUUUUUACUUGUUACUACUUCUUAAAAAUCUGUUUGAUAAGAGGGUGUUUUUAGUGAAUUGAAAUAUUUCUGAUCAAUUAAAAGUUGCAGCUCUUAAGUAGAAACAUGAAUUUCAGCUUGAGUAGUACUCAGUAUUAACUGCCUUACAUUACCUUAAGACAUAAUUUGGUCUAAAUGGACGAAAACAGAAUGUGCAGCUAUCAAGCCAUGAAAACCUCAGCAGCCUAAUGUGGUUUGAGUUUGCGACUGUAGAUUAAUUGGUAGGAGCAGUUUGGCUUCCAAGUCCAUUGUCCAGAGGGCCAGGGAGGGGCAGGCAAACCUCCCCUGUUGGAAGAAAAACUAAUCAGUUCCUACUGUAAAGCCCUGUUGAUUGGUUGUUGGAGGAAAACCAAAAGGCAGUCUUUCUUUGUCUAGUUUCUGGCCUCUUGUUGUUAUUUGUAGGCAUCUUUCAGGCCACGGCCGUCACAAAGCAGCUUGCAUAAGUGGGAAAUGAAAUACAUGGAAGGAAAACGGCCAUAAUGGAACAUAAAAUUUUAAAAUGUACAGGUCACUUGGCUUAGAAGUUACUGAGUAGUACAACAGGAGACUAGUAAUACUUAAAACGCUUGCAUCUAUUGCGACAUUAAAAGAUCUCUUUUAGGAAAAGAAGCUCUUUGAAAUAAAUAGGUAAACAGUAAAACUUUUAGGUUGGAAAUGACAUGCACAUCUGUGGGUGGGGAUUCCCUAUAUGUAUUCCAUUUAAUCACUGGGCAGCUAGAAAUGGCGUUGUAGAGGUGGACAGGGAAGGGGGAAUGGCAACUGAAGGCAGAUUAUCCACCUUACUCAUAUCCCUGCCUGGCUUUCGCCAGCAGAGCUGAAGUAAGCUCGUGGCAGCAAUUCCUCUGUCUGACCUCUGAUUCCCCCAGCCUCAAAUUAUUUCCCUUCCACUGUUCCUAAUAGUAGGGAAAUUCACUACAUUAGUUUUCUCCCUGGUUUGUAGGUAUGUCAGGUACUGGGAAGGCUGUGGAUCCUUAAGAUCCAUGCUUGUCCCUGGCACACAUGCAGUCUUAUCAAUAGCAUGCCUGGUUUUCACCCUGACUGACAUCAGAGUUGGUCAACAGCUGAAUAAAUUUAUGUGGCAUUGGAAGGAAGCAUCCAACAUUGGAUCACCAUGAUGAGAUCAAACAGAGGUCUCUAUCCUCAGAGAGAGAUCUAAUGCUUCCUUUGUUCUCUGAGAUGCCUUUCCAGAGAUCAUAAGAUUUUGGUGUUAGUGUGUUACUUGUCUGGUUCCCUCCCCCUCCCCGAUUGUGAUUUUAUUGAACUUUGCAGAAUAUGUGAGCCAAAAACGUAAUACGGAAUUAAUCCUGCUUGUUCCUGCACGUACAUUUUAAAUGCAGACUAUCGUUUUACUUAAUUAUAUUUGCAGCAGUUUCGUAACACUCAUUAUUUAAAGAUGCCUUCUAAGCAUGCCAUGGGAAUUGUGUAUCCAGUUUUAUCCCGCUGUUUCCUUGCAUCUUCCGCUGCGUUCUUCACCCAACAUGCUUUGCCCAGUGUUGCUGAUAUUUAUCAAUCUUCUUGCUAGGGUGAAAAUCCAUUUGAAGUUACUGAUCAAACUCCUGAGCAGCAAGCGGAAGAAGACAAGGCAGACGAACCUGUGGAGGAGGAGGAAGAGGAAGCAGAAGCCGAGGAAGAAGAGGAAGCCGAGACUGCAGAACAAACCGACUUCACUCUUGACCAAACGGAGGAUGCUUAAAUGCGUGAAAUGUGCACAAGUAGAGGAAAAUGCCGCUUUAUUUUUAUUGUUUCUGUGGCUAAGUGUAAAAUUUAUAGUAGUUAGAAAUAAGGCUUUUUACCAUCCUUACGCUAUGCAUGCAUUCCAUUUAAAUUGAAAAUGUGUUUGUUAUUUUGUUUUUACCUUUGCUUAAAAUGAAGGCAAAGCUGUUUUUAGUUUAGCUUUAAUAGUAAGCCGGCGGCUGUUAGAUUCGAUUAAACAUUGUAUGGUGUAUGUGUUCUUAAUGUUGGUUUUCCUCUCUUGGUGUUGAGAAUCGGAAAUAAAGGAACUAGGCCGUUUAAUCAUUUCAGCACAAAGGUAUUUCAAGUGAAUGCUACAGCUACUUUGUUUUAGACUGCAUAAACUUUAAGAAUUAUGUUGUGAGUGUGGCCGUCUUUUGGACUGCAUCACUCAUUGUAAAAUACAUGUUACAAUAUAUCUUGUAGUCUUUUGUGAUAAAGAUGUAUGUUUGUAGCAAUAAAACAUUUUAGAAAUCUU